AUGGCAUAUUCUGUUCAUUAUCUUAGCCAGUUUAUGCGUUCGCCUACUCAAGCUCAUUUCAAAAUUGCGUUAAGACUCUUAAGAUAUUUAAAUGGUGCUCCUGGAAAAGUAAUUUUGUUUAAAAAGGAAGAUACUUUAGAUAUAAAAGCUUUUUCUGAUUCGGACUGUGCUAAAUGCCUAGGUUCUCGAAAGUCUGUUACUGGUUUUUGUGUGUUUUUAGGAAAUAAUCUUGUAUCAUGGAAAAGUAAAAAGCAGACCACCGUCUCAUGGUCUUCAGCUGAGGCAGAAUACCGAUCAAUGUGUGUUGCUACGUGUGAGAUUAUUUGGAUUUUGAAUCUUUUAAAGGAGUUGAAAGUGGAUGUUAAGCUUCCAGUUUAG